CAGCACGUGCAACGGGAAGAUCAAUUUAAUUUUGUUUACGUUUUUUAUGCGAGAAUUCUUGAAUAAUGGAAGACAUGAAAGACUUUCCUGUGCUGACAAAUUCGCGGCCCGAAUUCAAACAAAUACCCAACAAAUUAAAUAAGCAUCUGGCCAAUUUGGGAGCACCGCAUGUGGAUUCUUUUGAUGAAAUGUUGAGUGUGGGCCUGGAGAAUAUGGCCAAGUACAUGACACCACAGCAAUUUCAAACGGCUGCCGGCGAGCGAAUUCAUCUUAAAGUGGAGAGCAUCUGGAUAGCCAAGCCUCAGGUGCCGCUGGACGUGAUUGAUGUGCGCACACGGGAAAUCUAUCCAACGGAUGCGCGUCAAUUGCAUGCCUCCUACUCGGGGCAGUGCUCCCUGCGGCUGGGCUGGAGCGUCAACGAUCUGGAUAAGUCGGCGAUUAAUGUGGAUCUGGGCGAGGUGCCUAUUAUGCUGCGCUCGCAAGCAUGCAAUCUAGGUCAGGCCAGUCCUACAGAAAUGGUUAAGCAUGGCGAGCACGAUAGCGAAUGGGGUGGCAUCUUUGUGAUACGUGGCAACGAGAAGAUCGUACGCAUGCUCAUCAUGACGCGACGCAAUCAUCCGAUAUGUGUGAAACGUUCCUCAUGGAAGGAUCGCGGUCACAAUUUCAGUGAACUGGGCGUUAUGGUGCAAACUGUGCGGGAUGAUGAGCUGUCGCUGACAAAUACACUGCACUAUCUAAACAAUGGCACCGCUCGCUUCAUGUUCUCCCAUAUGAAACGUUUGUCCUAUGUGCCUGUCUGUCUAAUCCUCAAGUGUCUGAUGGACUACACAGAUGAGCAGAUCUACAAUUGUCUGGUACAGGGCUACGAAUCGGAUCAAUACUAUCUAACCUGUGUGCAGAGUAUGCUGCGCGAUGUGCAGAACGAGGGCGUCUACACAUCCGCACAAUGUCGCUCCUUCAUUGGCACCCUGUUCCGUUCCCGUUUUCCCGAAGUGCCCGAGUGGCUGCCCGAUGAGGCUGUCACGGAGUUCAUAUUGCGCGAACGCAUUAUGGUCCAUCUGCAGACCAAUGAGGAGAAAUUCCAGCUGAUUGUGUUCAUGGUGCAGAAGCUGUUCCAGUGCGCCCAGGGCAAGUUCAAAGUGGAAAACGUUGAUUCUGCCAUGAUGCAAGAGGUGCUCCUGCCAGGACAUCUCUAUCAGAAAUACCUUGGCGAACGCAUCGAAAUGUGGCUAAUGCAGUUGCGCAAGUGUCUGCUCAAGAAACUCAGCACAGCGGACUCACUGGUCAGCAGCAGCAUCAUGACGCAGUGCAUGCGGCAAGCAGGUGGUGUUGGACGCUCCAUUGAAUCUUUUCUCGCCACGGGAAAUGUGGCCUCGCGCUCUGGGCUGGGCCUGAUGCAGAGCAGCGGUCUGGUGAUCAUGGCCGAAAAUAUCAAUCGCAUGCGUUACAUGUCUCACUUUCGGGCCAUCCAUCGUGGCUCUUAUUUCACAACCAUGCGCACAACCGAAGCGCGUCAGCUGCUGCCCGACGCCUGGGGCUUCAUCUGUCCGGUACACACUCCUGAUGGCACGCCCUGUGGUCUACUAAAUCACUUGACCCUCACCUGUGAGAUAUCCAAGCGUCCGGAUCCCAAGUUGGUGCAGGGCAUUCCUGCUCUGCUCUUUGAGAUGGGCAUGCUGCCUUUGACGCAGCAGGAUCAUCCCGAUGCCAAGUUGUAUGUGGUCUUCCUGGAUGGCAAGCAUUUGGGUCACAUCUUCCAGACGGAGGCCGACAAAAUUGUUGAAGAUUUGCGCUAUGCAAAGAUCACUGGCCAAGUUCCUAAAAUGAUGGAAAUUGGUUUCAUACCAUUCAAGAAAAAUGGCCAAUUCCCCGGUCUCUUUUUGUCUACGGGACCGGCGCGUAUGAUGCGUCCCGUAUGGAAUCUGAAGUGGAAGCAAGUGGAGUACAUUGGCACACUGGAGCAACUGUACAUGGAGAUUGCUAUCGAUGAGAAGGAAAUGUAUCCAGAUUUCACCACACAUCUGGAACUGUCUAAGACGCACUUUAUGAGCAAUUUGGCCAACUUGAUACCCAUGCCGGAUUAUAAUCAAUCGCCACGUAACAUGUACCAGUGCCAGAUGGGUAAACAGACAAUGGGCACACCCUGCCUCAACUGGCCCAAACAGGCAGCCAAUAAACUGUAUCGUCUGCAGACGCCAGCAACGCCUCUAUUUCGACCGGUGCACUAUGAUAAUAUUCAGCUGGAUGACUUCGCCAUGGGCACCAAUGCCAUUGUCGCUGUCAUAUCCUACACGGGCUAUGACAUGGAGGAUGCCAUGAUCAUCAAUAAGGCGGCCUAUGAACGGGGCUUUGCCUAUGGCAGCAUCUACAAGUCCAAAUUCGUGCAGCUCGCCAAGAAGCAGAGCUAUUUCGCCCGACAUCCGAACAUGCCCGAACUGAUCAAGUAUCUGGACACGGAUGGUUUGCCGCAGCCAGGCGCCAAGCUCAGCUAUGGCUGUCCCUUUUACUGUUAUUUUGAUGGCGAGGUCUCCACAUUUAAGGUAGUUAAAAUGGACGAGAAGGAGGACUGCAUUGUAGACAGUGUGCGUCAGUUGGGCAGCUUUGAGUUGACGCCGCGGAAGACUGUUUGCAUCACGUUGCGUGUGGCACGUCCGGCUACAAUUGGCGAUAAGUUCGCAUCGCGUGCCGGACAGAAGGGCAUCUGUUCGCAAAAGUAUCCCGCCGAGGAUUUGCCAUUCACCGAAUCGGGCCUCAUACCGGAUAUUGUGUUCAAUCCCCACGGCUUCCCAUCGCGUAUGACAAUCGCCAUGAUGAUCGAGACGAUGGCUGGCAAGAAUGCUGCUGUCCAUGGCGGUGUCUACGAUGCGACACCGUUUCGCUUCUCGGAGGAUAACACGGCCAUCGAUUACUUUGGCAAAAUGCUCGAGGCAGGCGGCUAUAAUUACUACGGCACGGAGCGUCUCUAUUCCGGCGUCGAUGGCCGUGAAAUGACAGCAGAUAUAUUCUUUGGUGUGGUGCACUAUCAACGCUUGCGACACAUGGUCUUUGACAAGUGGCAAGUGCGUUCAACGGGCGCUGUUGAGGCGCGCACCAAUCAACCGAUCAAGGGACGCAAACGUGGUGGUGGCGUCCGUUUUGGUGAGAUGGAACGGGAUGCUUUGAUCUCGCAUGGUGCCGCCUUCCUACUCCAGGAUCGGCUCUUUCACAAUUCAGACAAGACGCACACGCUGGUGUGCCACAAGUGUGGCAGCAUACUGGCGCCCCUCAAGCAGAUUAUCAAGCGUAACGAGGCGGGCGGCUUGUCCUCCAUGCCGGACACGUGUCGCUUGUGCGGCGACAGUAGUGGCGUCUCCAUGAUCGAAAUUCCAUUCUCUUUCAAAUUUCUGGUCACCGAGUUGAGUUCGGUCAACAUCAAUGCGAGAUUUAAAUUGAAUGCGAUCUGAGAAUUUAACUAUGUAGUUACCAAAUUGUUGACAUACUUCUACACACAUUUUACUCUAAUAACUCUAAUGCUGUACUUGUAUUUGGAAUAAAGUUACCUCUUCUAAAAGAA